AGCCUAGCUCGGCCCCGGCACCGGCACCGGCCUCGGCCCCGGCCCCGGCUCCGGCCCAAGCACCUUCGAGCGGCGGCCCCGGCUCCAGCUCUGGCGGCGGCUCCGGCCGGUCCUGGCCCCCAGCCCCAGUUUCCCGUGCGGGUCCAGCCUCCGUGCGACCCCUGCUCCCGUCGGGAGCCUCCUUCCCCACUCCGUCCCGAAGGCCGCUGCCCCAACACCGGCCUCGCCUAGGCCGAAGGUCCCCGCGGGGCCGGUGCCGGAGCCGGGGCCGGGCCGGUUCGGGCCGGAGCCGGGGGCGCUUCCUCCCCUAUGGGCCCCGGCUAGAGGUGCUGCAGCCGCGCCCACCCCGCCCCCGCCCCCCGCUCCCCGGGAAGCCCCGAUGCUGGCCAAGAGGAAGCCGGUGCUGCCGGCGCUCAACAUCACCCCCACCAUCGCCGAGGGCCCGUCCCCAACCAGCGAGGGCGCGUCCGAGGCAAACUUGGCAGAUCUGCAGAAAAAAUUAGAAGAGCUAGAACUUGAUGAGCAGCAAAAGAAGCGACUGGAAGCUUUCCUUACCCAGAAGGCAAAGGUGGGGGAGCUGAAGGAUGAUGACUUUGAGAGGAUCUCCGAGCUGGGAGCUGGCAAUGGCGGGGUGGUCACCAAAGUACAGCAUAGACCCUCAGGCCUCAUCAUGGCCCGAAAGUUGAUUCACCUAGAGAUCAAACCAGCAAUCCGGAACCAGAUUAUCCGUGAACUCCAAGUCCUACAUGAAUGCAACUCUCCAUACAUUGUGGGUUUCUAUGGUGCCUUUUAUAGUGAUGGAGAAAUUAGCAUCUGCAUGGAGCACAUGGAUGGAGGCUCUCUGGAUCAAGUAUUGAAAGAGGCCAAGAGAAUCCCUGAAGAAAUCUUGGGGAAAGUUAGCAUUGCGGUUCUUCGGGGUUUGGCUUAUCUAAGAGAGAAACACCAGAUUAUGCACAGAGAUGUGAAACCUUCUAACAUUUUGGUCAACACUCGGGGAGAGAUCAAGCUCUGUGACUUUGGAGUGAGUGGGCAACUCAUCGACUCUAUGGCAAAUUCCUUUGUAGGAACCCGAUCCUACAUGUCUCCGGAGCGGUUACAAGGCACCCACUACUCAGUCCAGUCAGAUAUCUGGAGCAUGGGCCUGUCCCUAGUAGAGCUGUCCAUUGGAAGGUACCCGAUUCCCCCACCAGACUCCAAGGAACUGGAAGUGAUAUUUGGUCGGCCCAUGGUUGAUGGGGCAGAGGGAGAACCUCACAGCAUCUCACCACGGCCACGACCCCCAGGACGCCCCAUCAGUGGUCAUGGGAUGGACAGUAGGCCUGCCAUGGCCAUCUUUGAGCUAUUGGACUACAUCGUUAACGAGCCUCCACCUAAGUUGCCGAAUGGUAUUUUCACACAAGAUUUCCAGGAGUUUGUAAAUAAAUGCUUAAUUAAAAACCCAGCUGAGAGGGCAGAUCUGAAGAUGCUGAUGAAUCACACUUUUAUCAAACGGUCAGAAGUGGAAGAAGUGGAUUUUGCAGGCUGGUUAUGUAAAACUCUGAGGUUAAACCAGCCCAGCACUCCCACACGCACUGCCAUUUGAUGGUGAAGCAGGCUGUCCUGUGUCCAUCGUCUGUCUCCUUGUCCAUCACUGUUUCCUGCCCUUUGGGCUAAAGACAAUCUCCUCCCCAGUUCCUCCCUCCCUCCCUACUCCUUGCCUCACCUCCCCCUUCCAUCCUCCAUCUCCCUUCCCCACACGGACCCUGACCUGGACAACACCAUCGCAGGAAAUGUCUUUCGCCCCUUAUGAACAAGCCAAAACCAGCUUGCUUUAUUUUGUUAAUUCUCCUGCACGCGUACUCCAGUCCAGUGCAGCUCCUUCUCUGAUAUUUGGGAAUUGUGGUGCUCCUGUUGUUCACUUAGGGUUUUUUGAAAAGGAAAAAAAGAGACAGGGGAACCAAACUGUGUACAUGAUGCUUGUCCUCCACCAUUGGGUGUUUGUCUUUCCUUUUAAUCCCCAGACUGAGGGGCUUUCAGAACCCAGCCCUAGAAGUAGUCUACAGACUGUGGUAGAGCCAGGCUGAAGGAUGAGGAAGGGGGGAAUUCAGAGAUCGAUUUUGCUUUUUUGAAAAGGAACAAGUGACAUUGCAAAACCUAGGUGUUAGCUUGUUGAACAGGCCAAAGAAAGGACAUUGCUUGUUGGUUUUCAGGGGUCACCUAGCCUCAUGUUUCUGUACUACCCUGAGGUGGUUUUGAUCAUGUUAGAAGGUGUCAGAAUCAAUGAAAAUUAUUUGAGUUAGAGAAACAGCAGAACCCUAUUCCCUGCUUUCCCACCAGAUCCUCUUUCUCUUCUUAUUCAGGGCCUGGUACAACGUUCUUUCCAGAAGAUUGCCACUCACUUAAGCAGCUUGAUGUUAGAGGGCUGCUUCACCCCACCUCUGUUCCUUUAGGGAAAGAAGUUUUGACUUGUUCUCCCUUUGGAUGAGUUUAUAUUUAACUUUCCAGAGAGGAAGUGUCAGUGUGAUUUAUAAAAACCCAACCUCUACAGUAAAUAAAAAUGCAUCCAAAUUUUUAGCAGGUGUUUAGGAGAAGGUCUUGGCUCCUUGACCUUUGCCAGCCUACCCUGACCCUGCUUCUUUUGCACAGUACACAUACAAGGACCUCAAAUCAUUCACACUCAGCCAGAUGGAAUUUAGAUCUGCUGUAACUUGGGACCCAGCAUGCCCUUCUUUACCCGGGCAAGACUGGUUUAACUGCCCAUAGUUAACACUUUAAAAGUCAUACUUAGAGUGUCAGAAAUAUGAUGCCUGGCCUCCCUGAUGCAGUGCAAGGCAGAUUAUUGAACAAACAGAGAUGCCACCAUCCUUCCCUAGGUGGUAGACCCACUUCUUUAGUGCCAAGUCACCACUGAGGCGGCUUGUUUGGCUGAUAGUUGAUAGGAAUCGGUGGAUUGUAGGGGUGUUUUCUGGGCUCUGAUUCUUCCUUGAGGUCUGAGAUGUUCGUUCCCUUCAUUUAUUCCUAGCAUAAGCCAAUGUUACUCUGCCUGUGUACCAGUUGCAUGCAAGUAGCUUUAAAAGAAUGGUACUUGUCAUGACCCAGGUCAUCAGCAUUUGUGUGAAGAAAGGGAAGUGAAUAAUAUUCCCAAGAAUCCCCCCCUCCCCACCAGUGGCUGGAAAUCUUGCUGUGUGCCGAUCAGUUAAAGGAACUUUGGAACUGAAAAAGAAAGACUGGGGGGGGGGGGGGGGCGGGGGGGGGGCGGGGAUCCCAGUGGAAAAACAGGGAGCUCGAAAUGGGUGAAUUUUGCAAAACAGCAACCACCACCGCAAACAUUUAAAUGUGAUGUAAGAAAAAACUUUGUUACAGAGCUGUCCAAAAGUGGAAUGGACUGCCUCGGGAAGUAAUGAGCUGCUCAUCCCUGAAGAUCUUUGACCAAAGGCUGCACAGCUCUCUGUCCUGUGUUGUGGAGGGGAUUCUUUUCAAAUUAUGUGUUGGACCAGAUAACACCUGAGGUCUCUUACAAUCCUGUGAUUCUACAAUUCCACCCACCCCCCGCCCCGGGUUAGUGCUCAGUGCUUUGCUAGUCCUUCUAUGUGACCCCUGAUCCCAGAGGGUAAACUCUGCAAGUGAUGUCAGGCUUCAGAUCACUAAGCACGCUGACUUUGCCUACAUGCUUUUUGGGUUCUCCUUGGAAAACCAGCUUGAUAUACCCCGCCCGACACAUUCCCAAGUUCUCUUCUCCUCUUCCCAGGACACAAAGGAGAGGCUACUUGUAUUCGUAAUCUGAUUUUGACAAGUAACUAGAACACUUUCUCUGAUUUUUGUCCUUCAGAGACUCAAGCAUAUACAGUGUUGCAGGUUUUAAAAACAAACCUCUCCCGAGUUCUCAAGCCACUGUUGUGUAGGUAACCAGGCUCCCUUAGGAGCAUCCCUCAGAGGGGAGGCCUGAUGUCUGUAGGACUGGUCUAUGCAUUAUUAACACAUGCUUGAGUUUCUUAGCCAUGUCUUCUUUUAAGGGCAUUGAGCUUUUCUCUCUCCCCAACAGAAGGGUCAGGAAUUAGGGUUAAGAGCUAGCUGAGCCUGGGGCCUGAAUACUGGCCUUUCCGGGCUUCCCAUCAGAAGUGGAAAGAUGGCCAAGGGGCAGCUAGGUAGCACUAUGGAGUCAGGGGGUCUAGAGUUCAAAUGUCAUCCUGGACACUUAACUGGUAGUGUGACCCUGGGCAAGUCACUUAACCCCAAUUGCCUGCCCCAAAUGGAACAGACUUGAUGGGUCUAAAUUCAGGCUUACCAUUGUGAACUGAAGUUAUACUAAAUCCUAUGCAGGUCUGUGGGAGGAAAGUGAGAUUGUGCAUUGCAUAGGCUCUGGAUGAAUUGGGGAUCAAAUGCAAACAUCUGGAUCUGACCCUGUGCUGUUGGCUAGGUCCUCAUGCUUAGAGCAGUGGAAGUGGCUGAACCUCCCCCUGCCAUGCCGUCUACUGGAGGAAACUUCAUUCUGGGGUGGGGGGAGGGCAGCCUCAGGUCUUGAGAUUCGACUUUUCAGUCACUUUGGGGCUGAUUUAAAACCUGAAGUACUGACUUGGCCAGGCAGGCCUGUGAGUUGUCACUGGAGCGCUGGGGGAGGAGGAGGGGAGCAGGGAGACUGACUGGACACCAGAGAGUUGGAGCGUUCGGUGUGGUGUGUGUUUCAUGGCAGCAGAAUGAUUAUUCCUCUUCUACCCCCUUCCCUUUGGUGCCUCAGUUUCCUCAUCUGUAAAAUGGGGAUAAUAAUGCUUGCACUACCUACCUCACAGGGUUGUUGUGGGGAAAGUGCUUUGUAAAGCUUAAAGCACUAUAGAAAUGUGAGUUAUUAUUCCUGCCCCCAUCCCCUCAAGAAAAGAAUCCCCCAACUCUAUUGUCCUUUAAUCUGCAACUCCUCAUUCUGUUAGAUCUGUCAGAAAGGGAGGGGCUUUCAGUGGGGACUAAUUGCUACUGACACAUGGCUGUCAGGUCCAAGAAGAGGCGUGGACUGUCCAUUAACAGGUUGGCAAAGUGUGAUAACAAAGGGGUACCCUUUUUUUUUGCCUUCUCAUCCCCAUCAUGCUGCUGAUUUUGUGAUUCAUAUAUGCUGGUGUGUGUGGGUUUUUUUUUUUAAGAAAAUUAUAAUGGAUUGUGCUUUUAUUUUGUGUAUUUAGUUUCCAAUGAGUCUGGCCCAGAAAACAUUUAACUUUGCCCAAGAAUUUUAGGAAGACUUCAGUGCUAACUCAGUCUUCGUAGAAGCUGGAAAACCUACUGUCUCUCCCACAGAUCCGAAGUCAUUCCAGUUUCUUUCCCAUCUUCGAUGAGGUUACCUUUGCCCCUCUAGAGCUUCUGCCUUCCCAGGCCCAAAGGACAGUGACGAAGCUCUCUCUAAGUGCCUGGGGAAAUCCCACUCCAGUCACUCAAAUCUGAUGGACAUUUUAAACCAGGAAUUGGAUGUUAAAACUGGUUAGCUUGGAGGAGGAAAGUGAAUUGUUAACCCCUCUAACUUGAGGAUUCUUGACUUUAGACAUUUCUGGGCUUAGAGAUUGAAUAUCUUGUACAGACAUGGGGUGGGGAGAGGUUUUUCUAAAAUAUGAAUGAAUCUGUGCAAUUGUGUGAUUGAAAUGACUACUAGCGUCUAGGGUUGUAUGGGUCUAGAUACACCUGGGAAUUCUUAAACUCACAACUAAUUGUGAGGAUUUUAAUUUAAAAAUUAGGUCGGGAACUCCAGUCCUAAAACUAUAUUGUCUUGGGGUUGGUUCCACCUCACCCCCCAGUUGCUAUUUUUUUUGUGCUUGGUUUUGAAGGGGAAGGAGAAAGUGUAUCAAACAUUUUGUUGGUGCAAAUUUUUUUUAACUCGAUAUUUUCAUCAUAAAUAAAUGGCACUUUACAUGA